AUAAUGCUGUCAAGUUAAUUUGAAUUGUCAGCAAAACAAUGAAACAAAAGGAUACAAGUGGUGGUGGAGACAGCUUACCUAGUGUUGGCAUGACAACUCCUGUAGGUAAACAUGUUGAGGCUGCAACAGAUGUGGAGGUGACUGGGGUAGGGAAAGGAAAGAAACUAGGCAUUAAAAGAGUCAAGAAGAAGCCAGACAUGAAUAUCUCGAAGGGCAAACUAAAAUCAGUUACAACACCAAAAAACUUUAGUUUUCUUAACAUGUCGGUGCAGAAACAAACAUUGCGAGCAAACAACCGUGCCCUUGCCCAAAAUUUAGCCAAAGCUCGACAAGAGAUCAGGCGUCUUAACACGGAAGCACAAACCCUUCGUUCUAGCAAUCAGGAAUAUAUUGUAGAGUUAAAUAGACUUAAGCGUCUUGUAGGGAUCAAAGAUGAACAGAUACAAGUUGAAGUUCAGCAACGAAUACAGGUAAAACUUACCAUAUAA